AUGUGCGACUUGAUCCUGCAGCUGGGAAGUGGCCGGGCGGCGUUGAGUCCCGGCGAGGUUCAGAUGGUAUCAUUGACUACCACCGUCACUUAUCACUCAGAGGAAGUGCGGGAAGAUGUUGACGGCGAUUUGGAGGAUCCAACCGAAGAUAUGACCGACGCUCAGGAGGAGAUGGAUCUUGCCGACGAUUUGGAUGAGUUGGCCGCCGGCGAUGCUCUGUUUGCUUACGAGGCGGUGCCGGCCCCAGCGUCGAAGGCGUCCGUAGAUGCCUUGGUGAGGAAGAAGGCGGAGGAGAAUGGCCAGAAUACGUGCGUGGUUUGCCAGGCUGAAGUUGGUAGAGGAGACUGCCUGGCUAGAAUGCCUUGCUCCCAUGAAUUUCAUGAAGGCUGCAUCCUGGCAUGGCUUCGACAAGCCCAUUCUUGCCCUGUCUGUCGCCAUGAGUUGCCGACUGAUGAUUAUUGA